GACAUUUUUUCCCUAGGCCAGUUCAUUUUCCCCACAUACGACCAUCAAAUUGUCUUCCUCCGGGGAUCUGUGUGUGUUUUAACCGAGGUUUACAGAGUACCUUUAGAGUGGAGUUUAUUUUCUCUGAUCUCGUUUAUGCCGUAAUUUGCGUCGGCCGAAGUCACGCCUCGGAGGGGCGCGAGAGGACGACACCGUCGCGCUCGAGAACAUCGCGUGGAGGAGGGGACGAAGACACAGAGGGGGUGUUCACUCAAAAUAUACUAUCCCUUUAAAACAAGGGGGACACGGCGGUGGGGGAGAGAUAGCGGGGCAGAGAAGACGGGAUAAAAAAAGAAAAGGAAGAAAGAGCGAGGGUGGGAGGGUGAGAGCAUUGUAGGAAAAAAGGGGAAAAAUAUGUCAUCCUCUCGAUUGAAAUGCCGAGGCGGAGCCAUUGACGAUGACCGGUGAAGCGCUCGCCAGACACGAAUGAGAUUGAACGCAACGCCGAGGCUCAGACAGAUGCCGCACGGGGCCUGGAUGGAGAAGCUUAUAAUAAAAUUGAUGCCAUUCUUUUUGCCCACGCCAUGCGACCGCUGAGAGCAAAUCAAACACAAAACUGCCAUUUAUUUUGAAAUUAUGUUAUUUUGCAUGACAACACAGUAGUGUCAUUAACAAGAGAGCAAAACAUGCAGAUAUACAUUUAAUAUAUUAUUAAUAUAUUUUAGAGCAUGAUAAGCCACUGUUAUCUGGCAAUGCGGCGUUGCACCCGACUUUGACAGCUGUAAUCCAUUUUUAAUAUGCAUAUUUUUUUAUGCACUCUUUUGUUUUAUUAUUUUCAUUUUACAAAUAGUGGCUUUUAAUUUUCAAUACAAAGCACAGAAUACGUGGUAAAAAUAAUACAAAAAUUAAAUACAAUACAAACAAGCAAAGUGAGAGGUAAGAUUGUUGAUUUGAGAAAAAUAUAUACAUUUAUAUAUACAUAUUUCCAAACGGCGUCUGUACUAUUGCACACCUCAAGAUGGAUGCAGCUUGGAGCAAUUUCCUCUUUCAGACUCCGCCUUCACAGUCCCAAAAUGAGGCGACCCUCCAAUCGGAUCUUCUACCGGAGCUCACGGAUGCCACUCAGGACUCGCCCCCUGAACACAUAGACCCGCCCACAUCCACGGUGGACACGGCUGCGCUGAAUGAGGAGCCUGUACCCGUGAAGCCAGUUUCUGUGCCUGCCCGACCUGCACACAUCUGCUCCAUAUGUAAUAAGCAGUUUAAGAACAGUUAUAACCUGCGGCGUCACCAGUCAGUCCACACUGGAGUGAAGAUGAAGGACCGAGCCGCUAGAGAGAAAAUAGAUAGCGGGAAGGCUGUAGCACGGGUGGAAAGGCAGACCAUCCCUCUUUCUCUUCUCCAACUGUCCAUACCUGCCGCCAUAUCCUCAGUAGUUGACCCCAUGGCACAUCCUUCCCAAAUCAGCAAUCAGCAGCUAGAGACUGUCGCUGUCUCUAUCGCCCCAGCAACGGUUGCUAUGACAGUGACCCAGCCCCUCCCUACUGCAGUGGUAGUUACUGGGACAAUGGUGCAGGCUGCUCCAAAUAACAACACCAUGGAUAACCUGACUAAUCCCACCCCGAUCCAAAUAUCUAUCCCGAUAACAAACCCGCUGCCAGUAAAUCCAACUUCCAUUCGUAAUCCCAACCCCAAUCCGGUAAGGAAGAACCAUGCUUGUGAGGCAUGUGGGAAGGCGUUCAGGGACGUGUACCAUCUUAACCGGCAUCGGUUGUCCCAUUCGGAUGAGAAACCGUACUCCUGUCCCAUCUGCCAACAGCGGUUUAAGAGAAAGGAUCGGAUGAGUUAUCAUGUCAGGUCACAUCAGGGAGGGGUGGAGAAACCAUAUGUGUGUCCCCACUGUGCCAAGGGCUUCUCAAGGCCUGACCAUCUUAACAGUCAUGUGCGACAGGUGCACUCCACAGAAAGACCUUUCAAAUGUCCGACAUGUGAAUCUGCUUUCGCUACUAAAGACCGGUUACGAGCUCAUAUGAUAAGACACGAGGACAAGGUUCCCUGCCACAUCUGUGGCAAACUUCUCUCCCCUGCCUACAUCACAGAUCACAUGAGAGUCCAUAACCAAUCACAGCAUCACGUGUGCCACCUUUGCAACCGCAGUUUCACCACACUGACAUACCUGCGUGUCCAUGCUCAGAAGCACCAUGGGCAAGAGUGGAAGGAGAGUGGGGUCGGCCGUGGCUCCGGCCCAGGCGGGGUGCUGUUAUGCCAGCUGUGUGGGGUGCACUGUAAGACACCCACGCAGCUCCAGGGCCACAUGGCCACCCACACCAACCAGACAGACCCCAACGUCCCAUGCUCCAUCAGCAGCAGCAACAGUACUGUGGCAACUGUAGGCGGAGCCAUUUCUGUGUCAAGCCCUCCAGUUACGGUUGGACUGCUGGUGACUGACUGCUCCAGCAUUGCUCCUCAGAGCCACAGCUAGCCAACAUCACACCAUGAGGAGGGAUGGUGGAUGAGGUGGGGAUUAUUGGGUGGGAGAGGAGAAAAAUGUACAAGUGUAUUGGCCUGUACAGGUGAGCAAUGGAGAAUGUUAGGAAGAGCUGGGCGAUAUACAGUAUGUAUAAAAAAUUCACAAUGUAUUUGUGAUGUUUUGCUGGCAUUGUAACAUUAAGCAACAUUAGCUAUGAUGCAAAUAAUGCAAAAAAUGUUUGCUAGCAUUUACCGGACGUUUCUCCUUGUCUCACGACUUUAAUAUAAUUUUAUAUAAUCUUUGACUUAUAAGGAUAGUUCCCUCAAAAAAGAAAAUUCUCUCAUAAUUUUCUCACCUUCAUUCCAUCCCAGAUAUGUAUGACUUUCUUUCUUCUGCUAAACACAAACAUUUUUAGAAGAUUAUUUCAGCUCUGUAGGUCCAUACAAUGUAAGAGGAUUAAAACUUUAAAGCUCCAAAAAUCACAUAAAAGCAGCAUAAAAGAAAUCCUUAUGACUCAAGUUGUUCAAUCUAUGUCUUCAGAAGUGUUUUGUUAGGUGUGGAUAACAAACAGAUUAAUAUUUAAGUCCUUUUUUUUACUAUAAAUGUCCACUUUCACUUCUAUAAUGUGAAAGAAAAGUUGAGCGUGGAGAUUUAGAGUAAAAAAUGACUUAAAUAUUGAUGUGUUUUCACCCAUAUCUUUUCUGAAGACAUUGAUUUAAAAACUAGAGUCAUAUGGACUACUUUUAGGCUUCUUUUAUGGGGUUUUUGAAGCUUCAAAGUUUUGGCCACCAUUCACUUGCAUUGCAUGGACCAGAUCUGAUGGGUCAGAUCAAACUAUAUCUUUAAACUACAGUUGCAGAUAUACUGUGUGUAGAGUUGGACAGUUGAAUUUGUUUCUAAAAAUCAGUUCAAACUGUCAAUAUAGUGAAAUGAUUCAAAACUAAUGCAUUAAACAUGUUGAAUCUACUUGACCGGUUUGAGGAUUCCUCUGAUUGAAAAAACUAAAAUAGUUAGGUGUUUAUUUUUUAUUUUUUGCUAUCGCCCAGCCCUAAUGUUAGGUCUUUUGUCAUGUAUGAGUGGUAUGUCAUCCACUCCACUUAUUUCACUCGUUGGCCUAAUUUGUUUAUUAACGAGCAGGCAAAGAGGAGGAAUGUAUGCAAAUCAACAUUACCAAUCAAACUUCAAACUUUCCCCAUUACAGGCUGCUAUGGAAAUGACAAUACAAAGAUUGCCAUGGUAACUUACCCAUAACCCACCCUUCCCCCCGCCCCGCCCCAUCCACCUCAAACCUUGCAGGCACUGUGCUGGAACUGAAUACCUCCUCAAAAGAAGUAUGACAUUUUGUGAACUCAAGAAACAUUAACCUGCUUCAAAUACAUUUGUAUGUGCAGAUGGAACAGCUAGUCCUACUGUAUUAGUUGUCCUUGAUCCGUUCUGAUAUUUUUUUGAAGAAGUGCCCCACGUUUCUAUGAAGAUCUGAUGGACGUCCGAGUUGAACGUCCCCAUGGAGAGAUCACUCUGGUUUUAAAUGUAGGCUGUUAUUAAGUGCUGCCCCAGUUCAUUAUAAAAAUUCCAGUGUUAAGGAAUGUAGAUCACAUUAUGCCUUCUAACAAUUUCCUUAUAUCAUAAUGGCUCCGAUAAAACUCACUCCUACAUAUAUGGUCUUGAAGAAAAAAAGUGAUUCAUUUCAUAAAUUUACUCUGUUGUAAGAGAUCAUUCCAUCUUAAAUGAUCUUUACAUGACUUUUUAGGGGAUCAAAUAUGGUGCCAUUUCCUCUCAUUUCUCCCUGCGAAGGGUUGUUAAGGUUUUAAACGUGGUCACAUGGACAAAAUAUUUAUAUUUGUAAUGUACGUAGGUUAUGUGAACGCUACACAUGUAUUGUUCAAUGCCUCCUUUGAUAAUUUUCACGAUUCUCAUUGAUUCUGAUUUAUCUCUGGGUUUGUUUCUUAGUGAAGACAUUAAACUAAUGUAAUCAUGUUGAUAAUAAGCUGCAUAAGAUCUGUAACCUAUGUUUCCAGUUCUGUUUGUGUUGACGCUUGUUAAACGCCAAUAUGUGUUGGUGUCGCUGUACUCUUAUCCUAAUUAAUCUCUGUACAAUGAUCAUGCAUCUAAUGAUACUGGAUUGAAUUUAACUGACUGCAGCCUCUGUUGUUCUAUUUGGUAUACUGUAUCAUAUUAUGUAUGUUGUCACCUAGUGCUGUUAUGGAACACUUUGGCUUCCCAUUCUUUUUGUUAAAACCAUGCAAGGUACAAAGCCUGUGUUUUUUGUAGUGAGUGAGAACUAUUAGAUAUGCUAGAUAAAGUACUUUUUACACAAAAUGUAGCGUUGACAGCAUUCAUCAUGCUUAACCAUUCAACCCUGUUACCGAUGUUAUUUUUAGGGGGAAAAAAUAUUGUACUUUUUUUUUCAUUUAUGAGAAGUUUAAUUUCAUUAAUAACUAUAAUCCAACACUCCAAAUAUUUUAUCCUAUUAAUUAUUUAAU